AUGCCAGGGCUGAUCGCAAAGGAGGAUGAAAGUGAGGCAGGGGAGGUGGAAGCCAACAGGUGCCGAUGGUCCAUGACUGAGCUGGACAUUGCGCUUUUGCACACGACGCGCGGCGGGCGGCUUCACACGAGACGGCGAGGGCCGGGGAUAAAGCCGGCGGCGCUGGGCGCAGCGGCCGGACCGGAGCGGAAGGGCGCACUGGGAGAGGCGGCUCUGCAGACCAUGGACAAGCAGAAUCUGCUGGAGAGCACGCGCGGAGCCCGGUCGUACUUAGGAUCUCUGUGGAAGAGUGAGGCUGGCUGGAUCCCUCCAGUGGACUUGCCUGCCGUUGAGCUGGCUGUCCAGAGCAACCAUGAUUGCCAUGCGCAGAAGGAGUCUGGCAGUCACCCUGACCUCAAGAAGCAGAGGGCCUGGCGCAAGCUCUAUGUGGCCUCUGCCAUCUGUCUGGUGUUCAUGAUCGGAGAAAUCAUUGGUGGGUACCUGGCGCACAGCCUGGCCAUCAUGACUGACGCAGCUCACCUGCUCACCGAUUUUGCCAGCAUGCUCAUUAGCCUCUUCCCCCUGUGGGUGUCUUCCCGACCGGCCACCAAGACCAUGAACUUCGGCUGGCAGAGAGCUGAGAUCCUUGGAGCCUUGCUGUCCGUGCUGUCCAUCUGGGUGGUGACUGGGGUGCUCGUGUACCUGGCUGUGCAGCGACUGAUUUCUGGAGAUUAUGAGAUCAAAGGAGAUACCAUGUUGAUCACGUCGGGCUGCGCUGUGGCGGUGAACAUCAUAAUGGGGCUGGCCCUCUAUCAGUCGGGACAUGGGCACAGCCACGGUCAGGGACACAGCCACGGUGACCAUGUCGACAGCAGCCAGCAGCCGAACCCCAGUGUCCGAGCUGCCUUCAUCCAUGUGAUUGGGGACCUUCUGCAGAGUGUGGGCGUCCUGGUCACAGCCUAUAUCAUAUACUUCAAGCCCGAGUACAAGUAUGUGGACCCCAUCUGCACCUUCCUCUUCUCCAUCCUGGUCUUGGGAACAACGUUAACCAUCCUGAGAGAUGUGAUCUUGGUUCUCAUGGAAGGGACUCCCAAAGGUGUGGACUUCACAACCGUGAAAAAUCUCCUGCUGUCCGUGGAUGGGGUGGAAGCCUUACACAGCCUGCACAUCUGGGCGCUGACUGUGGCCCAGCCAGUGCUGUCUGUCCACAUAGCUAUCGCUCAGAAUGCUGAUGGCCAGACUGUGCUGAAGGCGGCCAGGGACCGUCUCCUGGGGAAAUUCAAUUUCCACACCAUGACCAUCCAAAUCGAGUGUUACUCCGAUGACAUGAAAGACUGCCAGCAGUGCCAAGGCCCCUCAGACUGACUGCCAACACAGAGACUAUCCCGUUGGAGGCAUGGCCAGCAUCCAGCCAGGACUCCAGGCUCAAGGCACAGCCUGGUCCACUCCUCAGUGGGACUCCCCUUGGCCUCUAUGAGCCACAGGAUGGGGACAAGAUAGAUGAGGCCCUGCUUCUUUUCCAGGGCUGUGUUUGAGCUGGAUCUUCCACUGAUGGUCAUCCUAAGACUGCAGCUGGAAAGACACGGAGGCACAGAGGGGAACUUUGGGGUGUCCUGUAUGACCCAGCAUCUUUGUGUCUUGAGCAAAAAAAAAAGAAAAAAAAUUGAACAAGAUACAUGUUACUGGGAAGUCAGGGCUCCCUUUCAUAGGCUUGGUCUCGUGGAUAAAAGAACUUUUGAAACGCACUCAGAAGGAAGAUCUGAAGACAUUUUAUUAGAAUUUUGGGAGGACAGCCCACAGGCCAGGCAAGC